GGACGGUCACGUGGUCCAGUCUGUUUGGUUUCACUUCCGCAUCUCGUUACUGUACGCGCAUGUAGCUCGUUAGCUUUUGUAUGUCACCCAGAGGAGACUUGCAAACUAUUUUAGUACAAAAAGCAACGUCGGGUUAAAUUUAUCCACGUUUGCAUACAUAAUUCCGCGUAGGUUUUGAUUAAGUUUGUUGUUGAAAACGAUGGAACAAAUCAGGAAGCGCUGUUAGCAAGAAGCUAGUUUUCCUAACUCAAAAAGCUGCUUAACUACUCCACUUUUAAGUUACUAAAUACAACCAGGAGAUCCAAUGAAGGUACUAAGUUGUGUUGUGGGUUUGGGCCUCUUGGUAAUGCUCUGCGGAGGUGAUACCAGCACAGAUAAAUCUCCCACAGAAAAAUGUGAACUCUUGCAUGAAAAUAAAUCAGAACGGAAAAUCCUUGAUGAACUGGCACCUCUCCUCAACAAAAACUUCUCAGUAAUGAAGAAGGAAAACGAGGAGAGCUACACGUACGUUUUUCAGUUUUGUGGAGACGCGGACGGAGUCCCAGGCGCCGGAGUUGUUCAAAUUAACGAUAAGACAAAGGCUAAAACAAUUGUUGGAAGGUAUAACUCGACAAAGGCCAUCAAAGGAAGCGACUGGGUGAUGCUGAUUUAUGAAAACGGGGCGAAAUACAACUCCCACUGCAACGGAGCAAAUAGAAAGGCCAUUGUUAUGAUUUCCUGCGACAGAUCGACAGACACGGGCCCUCUGGACGUGGUUUUGGAGGACAGGGAAAGAGUCGAGUGCUUCUACCUCUUUGAAAUGGACACCAACAUUGUGUGCCCCGUCAUCGAGUCAAAACUCAGUGCUGGCUCUAUAAUUCUCAUUGUAGGGGUCUGUCUAGUUGCUGCGUACCUAAUAGGAGGUUUUCUCUAUCAAAGACUAAUCGUUGGAGCCAAGGGGAUGGACCAGAUUCCACAUUAUGCUUUUUGGGCGGAGAUUGGUAACCUGGCAGCGGACGGCUGUGACUUUGUUUGUCGCUCUAAAAACCGUGAGGAGCCCAACGCCUACAGAGGAGUGGGCUCUGAGCCGGCGGAUGAGGAGCCAGAGGAGAGGGAUGAUCACCUUCUACCAAUGUGACCUCAUUUUGACAGAGACUUAAACUGUGUGAAUGCUGUUUACUCUCCACAGGCUACGCAAACUGAACCCUGUGCAUAAGUCUGUGUUUUUGUGUUCAUUUAGGACCUAAAGUUGUGACUGAAGAGGUCGUGUUACUCAUAUGGGCGACACAUGACAUGGUCUAGUUUGGUUCUGGUUUGAUCCGGGUUUAGAUCUGAUGUAGACUUGAGAUGCAUUAAAAUUGGGACUAAAUCAGGAGGAAAUGCAAAAGUAAAACUGGGCUAAACCAAGACUAGAAGAGGGCCAAAACAAGUCCAUAUCAGAAUAAACAUUUAGGACCAAGUUUGCACAAAUGUUACAUCAAAAGUUGGAUUAAACUAAACUAAAAUAACCAGGACAAGUUUGAACACUCUUAUGUUGGUUGUGUUCUAGUCCUGGUUUAGUCCAAUAGUUUAGUCCAACUUUAGUCCAGGUUUAGAUCAGGUUUAGUCCAGCUUUAGUCCAGCUUUAGUUCAGGUUUAAUCCAAUAGUUUAGUCCUGGUUUAGUUCAGGUUUAGUCCAAUAGUUUAGUCCAAUAGUUUAGUCCUGGUUUAGCCCAGCUUUAGUUCAGGUUUAGUUCAGUUUUAGUCCAGCUUUAUUCCAAUAUUUUAGUCCUGCUUUAGUCCAGCUUUAGUUCAGGUUUAGUUCAUGUUUAGUUCAGGCUUAGUUCAGGCUGUUUCCUACAAGAUUUGUCCAGUUGACAGAUUUAACUUCAUUGUUUGCUAUGGAUCAGACCUGGACGACUGAGGGUCUACACAGACAUCUUCAGGUUUAGUCCAAUAUUUUAGUCCAAUAUUUUAGUCCAGGUUUAGUCCAGCUUUAGUUCAGCUUUAGUCCAGGUUUAGUCCAGGUUUAGUCCAGGUUUAGUCCAGGUUUAGCCCAGGUUUAGCCCAGGUUUAGCCCAGGUUUAGCCCAGGUUUAGCCCAGGUUUAGCCCAGGUUUAGCCCAUAUAAACUUCUGGGUUUAGUCACAAUCUUGGUUGUGUCUGUUCAUGUGUAAGCACAGCCCAAUUCUGCUUUUUACAGUAAAAAAUUUGCUGUUCAACCAAUGAGCAUUUCUUCAGAAAAUGUGAACGUGUAAAUGGAGCUGGAAAAGUACAGAAAUAUUACGUAACUUUGCUUUUCUUGAGUAAAUGAUAGAAAUAUUAAGUAACUUUGCUUUUCUUGAGUAAAUGAUCUGUCAUUUCUUUUACAGAUGUUUUGUUCGAGCACUGAUGUUAUGGGUUUGAGUUACACAAAUAUCAUGUGUAUUUUUGUUUUAUAUGUGACUGGCUUUGUUCACACGCACACCAAAAUCUGAUUAUAAUCUAAUUUCUGAACCUUUAAGAUGAUUAAAUGUCACGUAAACCACCAAAUCUGAUUACCGAGUAUCAGAGGGACCGUGAUCACAAAGAAAUGAGUGGAUUUUAAUAGUGUAAAACAAAAGAAAUGUGGUAAUAAUCUCAUUUAGAGUGUGUAUGUAACAGCAGCCAAUGUUGUGACCGAAUGCAUCAACACUGCGCUUACAUCUCCAAAGAGUUUAAAACGAAUGUAAUAUCGAUAUAUGUAUAUUUGUACACUUUACAGUCUAUUGUAACAGAGCACUUAAAUUGGUUAGUAAAUGGAUGUGUUGUGAUUCCGCAGUUUGAAUUUUAAAUAUUAACGUGGCAAAUGUGUGUAAACUGCUCCUGAUAAGUGAAAAGGAUCGUCUGUAUAGAACGUCAUCCAUGUUUUAAUAUUAUAAGGGCAAUUUAUAGACUCAAUUAUUUUAGUUUAGUAAUGAAAAGUACAGAUUCCCAGCAGUUACUUGAUCUAAAACAAGUUAAUUUGUGUCUGCUUUUGCUUUCUCAGCUUUUCAUAUGGGAUUUACACAUACUGCAUACUGUUAUUAUAAUAGUUUUACACAUUUGGUAGAUAGACACCUAAGUGCACUCAUUUGCAGAGUGAAUGUAUGAAAUGGAUUUUAAUAAGACUGUAAAAUAAAAGUUAGACGACUAGCGAAACGUACAGGUGGUAGUUUUGUUGUUGCUUAAGGC